UGCGGUCGUAUUGCCGUAUAAGUAUUAUCGUUUAUCAGCUGAUUACUUUAUCGGAUUGCUAACCGGAAGCGUAAGGUAGACGUUGUGUGUGUCCAAACCCCCCAAGAUACCGUUUAGCGCCUCUGGUUCUUCAAUAACACGUUUUCGGUAUUUGGAGAACAGAUAAUGCAUUACAGACAACGAUGCUAAAAACUUACUCACUCUCGUACACUUAUCUUACCGUCUGCCAAAUGUGCAGACGACUUUAUGGUGAGGUGUUCGUAGGAUUUGCCAACUUCCGACACUAACCGCCAUAGGUAUUGCCUGAUAAGCAACGUAUAAGCUUGCGUCAACCAUCUUGAAGUACGAUAAUUGGGCAAUUUCAUUAAGAUAAAAACAUAAAUGAAGGUUGUUUGUGUAGGAUUCCAUUAUCCAUUAGACCACAGGAUCAUACAUGAUCAUUAUCCAUUAGACCACUGCAUCAAAAAACUUUUUUUGUUGAAUGAGUAAAACUUUGUUUCUAUUGUCAUUUUGCUUGAUAAUUGUAAUAAUGAUAUUAAUUGUUUAUCAAAAAAUUUAAAAAUAUUUAAAAACAAUCCUUUAGAAAACUUUAGGCGUUAAAUUAGGCCAUUUGGGUGUGAUUUUUAAUUACAAUUAUUCCAAUUAUUCUCCAACCAACCAAAUUUUAAGCCCUCCAAAGAAUCCGUUGAAAAUAUGUUAUAUCCAAAAGAAAGAUCCUCCAAAAGAAAUAUCGCCCUUUGUGCGUAUUCUCUAGCUCCCUCUAUGAGUGAGCGUGUGUACUACCGCUGUCAGUGCUCAACUAACACACACACAUACGCAUCCAACGGCAAUUGCCUACUGGCAGGCGCACACUGCACGGUACGCGUACUGUCAGCAGCCUCCGACACAGAUUGUCUACCUUCAGGCGCAGCACACCGCACAGUCGAUACGAUGUUAACAUAUUUUUAAGCCAAGUUUUGUGUUGCAAGUCCUUUGCCGCGCCGAAAAAAAAGGGAAACGUAUACACACACACGCAGACACAAUCUACACAACCGAUCCGCAGGAAUUUGAGACUGAGAAGGAAGACAAGCAGUCUGUUAAUCUGGCAGCAGGUCCCAUCAUCCCAUCACCCCGCGCUAAUCGCCAUGCAAAUCGCAUACGACGAAAGACGUCCCCCGCUGCGACCGAACGAGCGUAUGGUGCUGUUUUAGGCCGGACCUAAAACCAGUGGCACACGAGGAAAAAAACGAGUGUUUCGGUUACUGUGUGGAGCCUUCUGUGCAGUGUGCGUCCGUUUGUGUGAGCAGGAUGGAACCGGACCGUGGUGUGGCGGUGCUGAGCUUCAAGUGUCCGCUCUGUGAUAUGCCGAUCGAGUCGCAGGAGAAGCUGAAGCAACACAUCAAGGUCACGCACAGCCAUUACUACUACGAUACGUAUCUGUUUCCGCCGGAGAUGCUGUUCCCGGGCGCGUCGUCCAGCGCGUCGGCCAACGUGGAGGGUGUGAUCAGCCACGAACCGCUCUCCACGCAGGAAGUGACAAUCGAACAGGCGGAAGAGGAAUGCUGCACCUGCUGCGGGUACGAGGAGACGGGCGGUGACUGCGGGUUUUGUGACUGCGAGGACGAUGCACAGGGCGAAUGUGACGACUGUCUGGUGAUGUGAAUGCUGGCCGGGGGUUUGUUGCCGCUUCCACUUCCGUUUCAAUUUCCAGCGCCGGGAGAAAAUGGUACCCGGGGGCCCGCAGGGCUGUUGGCUGGUUGGUUGGUAGGGAUAUACCGCCAUACCGCAAGUAUUAAAUCAAUACAAACUGUUGCACACCUUUUCCACCGGCGCUGCAUUGCCAUUUCGCCAAGGACGCUCAGCCAUUCGCCCGAAAGUGCCUAACAACUCCAAUCUGUCCGGUUUGUUUUAAUUUUUGUAUUCCAAAAAACAUACAACCUCCCCCAGGAGAGGCAUCAGGAAAAUUGGCGCUACAAAACCAGCAUUACGGGGAUAGGAGACGGCUUCCAAAAGCUUAUCAGCUGCACCCAAAAAGAUACUUGCCAAAAUCAUAAUUGCUAUCGUACGAGAGCGUGGCCAAACGAAAAGAGCAUGUAAUGCUUCCUUCUCUACCAAAUGGUGUUGAACACUUUGUGGAAUAGAAACAAACAAAAAGAAACCUCCCCAAGACUGUAAGACGUCCGGUACUACAUGCACCUUCCUUCCGCUUGGAAGAAGACGCACAAAAAAAAAAAGAAAUGAAAAGAACCCCAAAACGAACCACCGAUUAAGUGUUAAGAAGGAGGCUUUUGAGCGUAACACGAGCUUUCUAGUUUUCAUUACACUCUUCCAAGAAAAAAAAAACAGAAAAA